CAAGCAUGUGGCAGGGUCCCUGGUUCGUGGUGCUGCUUUUCAGCUAUGGAAGUGUGGCUCAGACCCUGACCCAGCCCAAAGCAUCGAUUACGGUAUCUGUCGGGAAAACCGCGCUAAUUCGGUGUCAAGUGAAAGGAGGUUCCAUCAGCAGCACUUCUCCCCUUCACUGGUACCAACAGAAACCCGGCAAGCCUCCCCAAAGGAUACUCUACUAUGGAGAAAGCAUAUCGCGGGAUCCAGGAAUCGGGGAAUCCUUCGACGCGAUAAAGACCGCAAAUCACGAAGUCUAUCUCACAAUCGCCGUUAACACUGAAAGCGCUGCCACCUAUUACUGCGCCUACUGGGUCUACACAGUAUGUAAUAGAAAACAAACUCUGCACAAAAAGCUCGACGAGCAGCCAGUCAAACGGAACCGCCGAUCCGGAGACUGCAGCGACACCCAGCUAGAACUGCGCUUACCUGUAUAUGUCGGGCAGGAAUUAAUGUGUGCCCAGGAGGCAGGGACAGAAGCAGCCGAUUCUGCACGUCCGCAAUUCCAUUACAAAGAAGGGAAGUCUUCUGCUUUAGAGACGAGGAUUCAUGAUUGCACGAGCGGCGUGCGGGUGAAGCGGCGGGAGCGGCGCAUGGGGGUGGGCAGUGUGGUUGGUGUCCAGCAUUCCCUGUCCCAGAACAGGAGCCAAGUUCGGAAGUGA